UCGCUCAGGUAAGUCGUCUGGCCAGCUCAUGCAGCCUUGCGUCAAAAGCGCACGUCCAGAGCUCCGCACACGCGCGCAACACGCAUCCCUCCUCACCUCCAUCAUUUCUUAUUACAGUUAUUAUUAUUAUUAUUGAUAUUAUCAUCAGCAGCAUCCGUGAAUAUGUCACGCGAAGUCCGAGCAUCCUCUCUGAGCGCGGAGGCGCGUCUGGGUCAUGCGCGCAGCCCGUUGCGGUUCAGUGCGCCUUUUAACGGCACCGGAGACGCAAUGCAUCCCGGAGAGGAGAAGGAGACGAUGCGCGGGCUGAACGAGCGCCUGGCGGAUUACCUGUGCCAGGUGAGACUGCUGGAGGAAGCCAACAGUAGACUGGAGGCGCAGAUUAAGGAGGUUUUAACGGAGAAGCGCGCCGCCGGACAGAGAGACUGGAGCGGCUAUGAGAGGACCAUCUCCACCCUGAAAGACCAGAUAAAAGAAAUGAUAAUGGAUAACGCUCGCAUCCUGCUACAGCUCGAUAACGGCAAACUGGCUGCUGAUGACUUUAAAGUCAAGUUUGAAGCAGAGUUUGCUGUUCGCGGUGCAGUUGAAGAGGACAUCACAAAGCUCCGAAAGAUGAUCGAUGACACGCACAUAAGCAGCAUGCAGCUGGAGAGUCACAUCGAAAUUCUGACCGAGGAGCUCAUCUACCUGAAAAAGAAUCAUGAAGAGGAUGUUGCUAGCAUAAAAGGGCAGAUCAAGAACUCCAGCGUGGACGUGCAGAUGGAGGCAGCGAAGGGCCAAGACCUCAGUGAGACAAUCGACAACAUCCGGAAGCAAUAUGACAAAGCGGUGCAAAAGAACCGGGAGGAGACGGAGGCCUGGUACCAAAACAAGUUUGAAAACAUCUCAGCGGAGGUGAGCAGGAACACCGAUGCUCUCCAGCAGGGAAAGAGCGAGCUGAACGAGCUGCGCAGACAGAAACAAGGGCUGGAGAUUGAACUUCAGGGCAUGCACAGCAUGAAACACUCUCUGGAGGACACUCUGAAUGAGACGUUGGGACGCUACUCUCAAAAUGUAAACAGUCACAACAGAGUUAUCCAGCAGCUUGAGGUGGAGCUCGCAGAUGUCCACGCCCAGGUGAUGAGGCAGGGGGCAGAGUACCAGGCUCUGCUUAACAUCAAGAGUAAAUUGGAGGAAGAGAUCGCCACCUAUCAUGGCCUUCUGGAGGGCAUAGGGCUGCCCUCCAACUACAUGGGCGAUUCCGAAUUAGAUGAAGAUGGCGAUUUUAGAGGCAUGGGAGCACGAGAAGAGCUCGACAUCAAGGAUGUUGUUCCACCAGAAGAUGGUGAUGUGAACGAUAAAGGAACAUUUGAAGAUGGUAACGUUGGAGGCAACGGUGGAUUUGACGAAAGUGUGGAGUUUUCAUUAGAGCAGGCUCUCAAUGCAGCGCCGCGUAUCCUGAAUCCUGACCCGACACUCAAUAACAAGAUUGUUGAAGAACAGAUAGUUUCUGAGAAGGACCUGGAACUGAACGCUGCCAACACUGCCAUGAACAAGCAGCAUGAUCAAGAAGAAGAUGGACGAGAAAUUAAAGAAGACCAGGUCAUCCUCGGGGAAAUGGUGAAGAGGAGACCAUAA